UAUAGUUUCCUCUUCCGUCGCCGCUGCCAGUAUCUACCGCAUAUAAUCGAUACUAAUCAGUAAUAUCGAUCAGCUGUGCCAGUGUGGAGGUGUUGUUAUUAGAGACUUCAGAGAGAUUUCCCAGAAUGAGCCUGGCCUCCUGCAGACUCAUGGCGACAGCAGACACAAAGCCGGGAGGAUCCGAGGAGUCCAGUUCGUCGUCUGAGGAGUCCGCGAGGAGGUCCGAGGAGUGGAGGCUGUGGUCCGGGGAGUCCAGGAUGAGCUCCUGGGAGUCGGAGCUGACCUCCAUCCAGCACUCGCUGAAGUUUGUGUUGACGCUGAGGGAGGAGUUUGUUUGUCCCAUCUGCAGUGGAGUCGUGCUCAACCCUCAGCAGAACUCCUGUGGACACAUCUACUGCUUCUUCUGCCUCCAAGCACUGCUGGAGAGUUCAUCAUCGUCCAGCCCAGUUUGUCCAGUAGACGGAGCUGUGAUCACACCAGCUGAGGUUUUCCAGGACAACUGCUGCAAACGAGAAAUCUCCAGUUUAGAAGUGUACUGCACCAACUCCCCAGCAUGCACCUCUGUCCUCACAUUACGCCACCUGCAGGAGCACCGGAGGUCGUGUCAGUUUGAGCAGCUGCAGUGCUGCAAUCCAGGCUGCAGGACGGCACUACAGAGGAGAUACCUGCAGGAACACCUGACCGACGCCUGUCCUCACCGCAUGGAGCCCUGCCCUCAUUGCCAGCAACCGCAGAGACUCAGCCUCAUCCAGGAUCAUGUGCAGAGCUCCUGUCCGGAGGUGGAGGUGGACUGUCCCAACAGCUGCUCCCUGAAGGUUCCCAGACACAAGCUGACUGAACACAGAGAGUCGUGUCCUGAGCUUCACAUCGACUGUUCUUAUAAGAAGUUUGGCUGCUCUGUGCAGGAUAAGAGAGGGAGAGUGAAGCUGCAUGAAGACGCUGCCGUCAAUCGUCACAUGCUGCUGGUCCUGAGGAGCAACACCCACCUGGAGCAACAGGUGGAGGUUCUCCAGGAGGAGGCGCUGCUGAAGCAGCAGGAAGUCCAGACGGACAGUUUCCUGCUCGCUGGUCUGCAGAAGAACAUCAGACCACCGCUGCAACAGAACAGCAGCCUUGAACACAUCGUCUCUACAGCUCAGAGGACGCUGAGCAGGCAGGAGGACGUCCUGUCCACCGUCCAGCUGGACAUCCAGCAGGUGUCCCGGGGACUCGGUCCUGGUAUGGAGGAGCUGGAGCAGCUCAGGAAGUCUCUGGAUGCUGUGAUCCAGGAAGUGUCGGCAGCCGAAGCCCUCAGAGAACACCUGGGAACUUUGGAGGAGAAUCUGAAGCAUCACUCGGGUCUCCUGGAUCUCCACGCCGCUCAGCUCAGUAGCAACAAGCAGCACCUGCAGGAGCUCGAGGCCACGUCCUACGACGGCAAACUGAUCUGGAAGAUCAAGGACUUCAGGAGCAGGAGGGAAGCGGAGGUCAAAGGUGAAGUGCCCUGCCUGAGCAGCGUGCCGUUCCACACCGGAUGUUGCGGCUACAAAAUGGCCACCAAGGUCUAUCUGAACGGGGACGGGGAGGGAAGAGGGACUCACCUGUCCCUUUAUGUUGUCCUGAUGCCGGGAGACUUUGACGCUCUGCUGCCGUGGCCUUUCAGACAGACCGUGUCUCUGUCUGUUCUGGAUCAAAGCGGUGCCGGUAACCACCCGAGUCUCAGCUUCAGACCCGACCCGAUAUCCAAAAGCUUCCAGCGACCCGCCACCGAGUCCGUCAGCAACGUCGCUGUUGGAUUUUCAUGCUUCAUUCCCCUCAACAAGCUAGAAGCUCCUCAAAACGCUGCGUAUGUCAAAGACGACACUCUGUUUGUCAAAGUGAAGGUGGACAUGGCCGGUUUAGAGCACCUGUAGGCUUUUGUCCUCCACGUUAUCGUGUGUAGGAUUAGAUUUUAUAUAUUUUACUUUGGCGCCAUCUGGUGUUCAGUUCAGGAAGGACACUGUGGGAGACGAGGCAACACAGACUGAUGCAAUUUUCACUGUGAUCUUCUUAUUUUUCUACCAAAUAUGCUGUCAGAAUAAUUUAAAAAGAGUAAAAAAAAAUCGACAUAUUGUAACUUUAACAGUUUGACAUUUUGGGAAAUAUUCUCUUUCUUUCUGACACAUGUUUUGAUAUCACCCUCAUUUGCCAAAAUGUCAAGCUUUUCCUUUAAGCUUUCAGAUCAUCUCAGGGAUCGUUUGAUGGAGGUCCGACUCCAACAAAGACUGCGGUUACUAAUAAUUAUUAAAUGCCCGUUAUCUUGAUGUUAUGACUUAAUUGUCUGAGAAUAACUAACACUUGGUGCUCAAAUCAAGGUAUUUAAGUCUGUCAUCCUGAGAUCAGGAUCUAAUGAUCAGUUCACCUGCAGAUAUUAAACAGUUUAGUAUU